CUCUGCUGCGGCUUGCCCACCCGACCUCUCCUCGCUGUUCUACUCUGGCAUCCGCGUGUCGCGCGCGAACAAGCAAAGGGCUUCUCCAUCAAACGCACCAGGAAAUCCCCGCGCGCGCCGGGGGGCUGUUCCAGAUCUCGCCGCACGCGAUUAUGUGGGAUUAGGUAGAUGAGGGCGGCGCUGUUCGGUGCCGAGAGGAGCGGGGUGGUGGACCACGGCGGCGGCGGUUACAAGGAGCUGUUUUGGCCGGCGGCGGAGGGACUGGUGGUGGAGCCGAGGUCGGUGCUGGACUGCACGCGCAGCCCGAGCCCGCCCUACUCCACAUCGACGCUGUCGUCGUCCCUGGGUGGCGGCUCGGGGGACUCGACCGGCGUGGCGGCGGUCUCGGCGAGCAGCGCCGCCGCCGCCGAGGCCACCAAAUGGGGAUCCCCUGGCGAGCAUGGGGGCUGCGGCGGCGGCGGCGGCGGCAUGUGUGAGUUGCCUCCAAUACCGGGAGCCCUGGAUGUGGGGCUCGUCGGGGGCGAGGGCUGGGAUGCCGCCUCGCUCGGCAACGCCGCCGCCGGGCAGGAUCAGUCGUUCUUGAACUGGAUCAUUGGGGCCGCCGGCGACCUGGAGCAGCCCGGUCCGCCGCUUCCAGUGCACCAUCAGCCGCUUAUUAACAAUGCGGGAGCGGGAUUCGGGAUCCCGGCCGUGGACACGCUUGGCUUCUCUCUGGACCACCCCCUCAGCGGCGUCGCGUCCGACCUGUCGUCCUCCGGUGCGCACACUGGUAUCGGCGGCGGCAAGGUUUCCCCAGGGUUCGGUCUCUUGUCGCCGGAGGCCACCUCCCUCGAGCAGCCGCCGCCUUCGAUGCUGUUCCACGAAGAUAUCGACACGAAGCCCCCUCUUCUGGGUGCGCCGCCGCCGGUUCUCCUGAACCACUACCAUCUCCAGCCGCCAAACCCCGCCGCAGCCUUCUUCAUGCCUCUCCCGUCCUUCCCCGAACACAAUCACCAGUCGCCACAUCUCCAGCCACCGCUCAAACGACACCACGCCAUGUCAGAUGACCUCUACCUCGUCGGUAACCAGCAACCGUCUGCCGCAGGGCAAGGUCUCGCCUUUUCACCACUACAUGCCCAGGUUCCGUUCCAGCUCCAGCCUUCGCCGCCACCGACUCGUGGGGCGAUGAAGACGACUGCCGCGGAGGCGGCGCAGCAGCAGUUGCUGGACGAGUUGGCGGCAGCGGCAAAGGCGGCCGAGGCUGGCAACUCCGUUGGCGCGCGAGAGAUAUUGGCGCGGCUCAAUCAACAGCUUUCCCCUCUUGGGAAGCCCUUCCUUCGCUCCGCCUCCUACCUCAAGGAGGCCCUCCUCCUCGCACUCGCUGACAGCCAGCAUGGCUCCUCCGGCGUCACCUCGCCGCUCGACGUUGCCCUCAAGCUUGCAGCAUACAAGUCUUUCUCUGACCUGUCACCAGUGCUCCAGUUCAGUAACUUCACCGCAACUCAGGCCCUUCUUGAUGAAAUCGGUGGCAUGGCAAUUUCCUGCAUCCAUGUCAUUGACUUUGAUCUCGGUGUUGGUGGUCAGUGGGCUUCCUUCCUGCAGGAGCUUGCGCACCGCCGAGGUGCUGGAGGUGUGGCCUUGCCAUUGUUGAAGCUCACAGCUUUCGUGUCAACUGCUUCCCAUCAUCCACUGGAGCUGCACCUUACCCAGGAUAACCUUUCUCAGUUUGCCGCAGACCUUGGAAUUCCGUUUGAGUUCAAUGCUGUCAGUCUUGAUGCGUUCAAUCCUGCGGAGCUUAUUUCUUCCACUGAUGAUGAAGUUGUAGCUGUUAGCCUCCCUGUUGGUUGCUCUGCUCGUGCACCACCGCUGCCAGCAAUCCUUCAUUUGGUGAAACAGCUUAGUCCGAAGAUUGUGGUGGCUAUUGACCAUGGAGCUGAUCGUGCGGACCUUUCAUUCUCGCAGCACUUCCUGAAUUGUUUCCAGUCUUGCGUAUUCCUCCUUGAUUCACUUGAUGCCGCUGGUAUCGAUGCUGAUUCUGCCUGCAAGAUCGAGAGGUUCCUAAUUCAGCCAAGACUUGAGGAUGCAGUGAUUGGGCGGCGCAAAGUGCAUAAAGCAAUAUCAUGGAGGAGUGUUUUUGCAGCAACUGGGUUUAAGCCUAUUCAGCCCAGCAACCUUGCUGAAGCACAGGCAGACUGCCUCCUGAAGCGAGUGCAGGUCCAAGGAUUCCAUGUGGAGAAGCGUGGAGCUGCUCUCACGCUCUACUGGCAGCAUGGGGAGCUUGUCUCCAUUUCAUCAUGGCGGUGCUGAUCAGCCAUAAGCUUCAUUCCACCAAGGUUCCACUACCAUUUACAUGCAUCAUCAACUCCAGUUAUGUCCAUUUAUUCUUGCAAUUAAAUGUUGCAAAGGAAAUUGUUAUCUUGGGUUGUUGAACUCAUUGUAUUGCUUUUCAUUGCAGCUUAUUAGCUAGGCCUAGUGGAUUUAGCAAUAUCAGUGUCGGUCUCUAACUCUCUAUAGUUAAUGAUGUUGCUUUAUGUUCUUACCAUGCUCUGCUCAAUUAGCCAUUAUCGCCUCAUUUUAAACACUGCUUUUGAGUAGAGACUAGUGGUUCAGUGGAUAGUUCAACCUAUCAAUUGGUUGUGUGGUACAUAAUCAAUAUUAUCCUGCGUAUCUAUUGUUAUGCAUUGAACUGAAAUGGGGAUGCUAUCUAGGACUAAAACAUACGGAUAUAACUAUAUAGAAUUUAGUACACCAAUGAAGCCUUUUGCCAAAC